AUGAAGAAAUAUCUCUAGUUUGAAAAAAAAUCAUAGUUUCUAGUAAAAUUAGAUUAUUUUAUACAACUUCUAUUAAGAAUACCUUGUAAAUAAUAUUGUUAUAUUGUGUAUGUAUUAUUUAAUGAAGUAUGGAGAUGUCUGUAGCGUGUAGUGACCCUUUAGCUGUGAUUCAUAACGAAAAUCAAUGGAAAAUAAAUAAAGUUUCACCAUUAUACAACAUGCAAUACUCUCCCUUGAAAUUAAAGCAAUACGCUUCGAAAAUACGUCAAGACCUCGUUAGUGCAAUUACUUCAAAUGCUGCUAUCAAGUAUUCAGUCAUUCUAGAAGAUUUACCACAACUCAAAUAUUCUGAAGAUGAUUCCAAUAGUAUUAUGGUAGUUGUUAAAAUGCAAAACACCACACAAAGCAAAGUGGCCUAUACAGCUAUCUUAUUAUCCUGGGGAAAAAGCAAAGAAAUAAGCCAUGCUGUGAAUUUGCCUUACAUGUUGGAAAGAGGUGAACAGAAGAUUGGCAAUACUGUCAAAUCGACAUUACAAAAGAUAUUUGACUGUAACAUAAAUCAGUAUUACUUUGGACAGCAUCACAUGCUUCUCUUUGCAUUCAGUUUUAUUGAAUGUGACAGCUCAAAAAGUACUGAUCCAUUUGUGUUAAGAUUUAAAAUGGGAGAGGACAAAGUGAAUUGUAAUUUAGAAAUUGGAGAAUUGCGUUGUAUUUGGAAUGGAGUUAAAAACAUGGAAAAUGAUUUAGUGAGUUUAGUGAAAUUGGCAUACCAAAAGUUACAAAAUCGAGCAUACCAAAUAUCAAAUGUGGAUAUUACAGUGUUUGAGUUAUGUGAAGUUGUUCUACCCAAAGCACAUGUUCAGAUUAACGGUGUUGUGAAAGUGAAGACUCCCGAAAUGAUUAAUGCUUUUUUUAUGGUUCUCAAUUAUAUAUAUGAGUCGAGUAUUUUAUCAAGUCCUAAAAAGAACUCCAAAUCAGAGCAGUUUGCAUGUGAGAAUCCUAAAUAUAUUUAGUUAUAAUUAUAUAGAAUGUUUUGAUCAUGAAUUUAAAAAUAAAAAGCAAAGAAUAGAAUAGAAUAAAGAAUGAAGCAUGAAUAAGAAAUGUAAAAAAAGUGGCAGGUUUUAACUUUUUUUUCUUUUCUUAGAUAAUUUAUACAUCUAGAAGAACCUCUUGCUGUUACGCAGCGCAUGAAAACAGGUCAGGGCUAUUACUUUAGUGUGCAUGGCAAAUUCAAAUAUUUUUAUUUAAAUGUGAUGUGAUAUCACUUAGUCAAAAACCCCCAUUCCAAAAUGAAUGCCUCAGAUCUGAGAAGAAUAAGAGCAAUAAACUCAGUGGGCUUUUUUUUCAUCGAAAAAAUAUGUUUACAAUGUAAAAUGUAAUGUACAAUUAAACUUAUUAUUUAAUAGCCUGAGGGCGGUCACUCCAUUCCUAAUCUGUGAUUCAUUAAGAAUGUCAUUUAUGUAACCUUUAUGUAAAUAAUACUUUCGAUUUAAACAUUUUCUGGGAUCUUUUUGUGACAGCAUAUACAGCGCCCUACAAAAACUCGACUUAGCCGCGUAGUAGGCAUUAUAAGUUUAUGUCUGUUCCUGGUGUUAACAUUAUGGUUAUGACAGUUUCUAGCAAAUUAACUUAUGUGCCUAUGUACAUAUAUUACAUUAUCAAGAAUAUAAUAACAAAAUACGACUUACACUCGUGAUAUGUCACUUUGUUUUCGUGUGCGUUGGUGAAAAUAGAGGAUUACGAUUCGCCGCUAUUUUUUUUGCCGUGUUCACAGCUCUCACAGUCUAUCUAGACACAUAAAUUAACUAAGAUAUUAUUAUUGUAAAAAAUCAUACGAUGAAGUAUUUUCUUUGAUUAACGCAAAGUGUUACACAUUUAAAUAAAUCACUUUUUAAAGGAUUGAAAUGCGUUUAAUUAUAACUGUUUAAUUUACAUUAGAUUUUGCGUAUAAGAAUUUUCGUUAUCCCGACAUUUCAGGACCUUUCCAGAUCUCGUAUUCAGAGGUACUAUGGGGUUUUAAUCCUUUAAGAGUGUUCUAUUUAAAUGUGUAACACUCGCGUUAAUCGAAGAAAAUACUAUGUGCAACAACAGUACAGACUGGAAAAUGCCAACCGAAUCAUGCGAUGAAUUUAUUAAUCAUUGAUCAAUGACAUUCUAUACACAUAUAAGGACAUAUCAUUCCCAGUCUGAUAACGGAAUGGCAAAGGUGUGCAUAAAGACAAUGUAAGCACACUUUUUUACUUAGUCGUGUGUCAUCUGAAUCGGGUCCUAAAUUCAACAUACGUAAUCAGAAUUGAAUAAAUAUUAAUUGCUGCUUAUUGGCCAAGAAUAUUUUAAACAACUGGAGUAAAUGCGGAAAUGUAUAGAUAUAGUCCAUAUUUCGGCUUAGUUUUUAUACGACGUCACUUGUAUAUAAUAUGUAUAGAACGUCAUUAGGUACUCACUUACUUUUACGAAAUUAUAACGCCUGUUAUCGAGUGUGAAACUUAGUGACACAGUUCUUUCUAUGGAAAAAGAGAAUAUUCCAGCGUUCAGGUUUCCUGAUAGUAAGGUUACCAGUGGGAGGCUCUUUUGGCUCCACUGGAUGCCGGCUAGAUUAUAGGUACCACCACGGCGCCUCUUUCUGCGGUGAAGCAGUUAUGUGUAAGCGUUAUUGUGUCGGUCUGAAGGGCGCCGCAGCUGAGGCUGAAAUUACUGGGCAAAUGAGACUUUACAUAUUAUGUCUCAAGGUGACGAGCGCAAUUAUUGUAGUGCCGCUCAGAUUUUUAGGUUUUUCAAGAAUCCUGAGCGGCACUGCAUUGAAAUGGACAGGGCGUUUAAAUAGCCAUCAGCUGAUGUUAGGUUAAGAUUAUUUUAUAUUAUACAUAAUACUGCUAUACAUAGCAGUUGUUUUUGUUCAGGCAUGAAUUUUUGCCUCAGGAGGAAUUGGUUCUGAUGGUGGGUUCACAAUUCACAUUAGCUUCCAAUUCUUGCCGAAUAGGCCUUGCUUCUAGUAGCUCAGCUCGUUUCUCAUGGUAUCGUUCUUUUUUGCACCAUUGUACCUUUUUUUUGUAGAAUAGGAAGAAAAACGAGCGUACCCGUACGCUGGUGUUCAGUGAUAACCGCCGCCCACAUUCUCUUGCAAAACCAGAGGAAUCACAAGAGCGUUGCCCGCCUUUAAGGAAGGUGUAAGCACUUAUUUUGAAGGUACCCAUGUCGUAUCGUCCUGGAAACACCGCACAAGGAAGCUCAUUCCACAGCUUUGUUGUACGAGGAAGAAAGCUCCUUGAAAACCGCACUGUGGAGGACCGCCACACAUCCAUAUAAUGAUAUCCUAACUUGUGGCGUGUCUUGCGAAGGUGGAAUUCGGCGGCAUCAGGUUAAACAGCUCUUCGAAACACUCCCCGUGAUAAAUGCGGUAGAAGACAUACAAUGAAGCGACGUCUCUAAGCAACGCCAAGUGAUCCAGCCGUUCAAAGAGCACUGGGUCCCCGACAAUUCGUCGCUGCUCUGCGUUGCACGCGGUCAAAUGGAUCGAGCUGAUACUAGGGUGCGCCAGACCUGAGAUGACACCAAUACUCCAUGUGUGGCCGGACCUGCGCUUUGUAGAGCGCUAGAAUGUGGGCCGGCUUGAAGUAUUGCCGUGCUCUAUUAAUGAUGCCCAGCUUCUUCGAAGCCAAUUUGGCUUUGCCCUGGAGGGAGAAUUUCGUGGCCAUCUCCAGAUUGGCAAUCACUUGAGAUUUCGAGACCCAGUAUUCCGAUACUAGGCGAGGCUUUAAGGGAAGUGUUGUCGGAGAGCGGUGAUACGACAAAUGCGGUUAUUUUAGUGGUAAACGCGCAAUCUUGAGUUUUCUGGGGGUUAAAUUGGACAAGGUUCAUUUUACCCCAUUCCGCGACCUUCUCGAGAGAGGCCUCGAUAGAAGACACAAGUUUCUCCCGGCAGUGGUCGACGAUUUCCCGAGAGAGACCUGCAUGGCCCGUGUAUACGGCAUCACCAGUGCUGUCGUCCGCAUAACAAUGUAUGUUGGAGGUGUCCAACAUAUCAUUGAUAUGCAGAAGAAACAGCAUGGGAGAUAGCACACAGCCUUGGGGCUCUCCAGCGUUCACGGGCUUGGGAUUCGAGCAAUAACCGUCGACAACGACCUGUAUGCUGCGCCCAGUGAGGAAGCUGGAGUUCCACUUGCAUAAGUUCUCCGGAAGCCCAAAUGAUGGAAGUUUUGAGAGGAGCUUCUUGUGCCAUACCUUCGCUAUAUCCAGGCCUUCCCCGUUGCUUUCAAUAGCCGCAGCCCAUCUAUGUGUAAGGUAUACCAGAAGAUCGCCAGUCGACCGACCAUGGCGAAAGCCGUACUGCCGGACGUUAAUCAACUGGCGACCCUCAAGGUAUACCAAGAGCUGGCGGUUAAUUAUGCUCUCCAUGAUUUUGGAGAGCAGGGAGGUAAUAGCAAUAGGCCUGUAGUUUGCCGGAUCCGAACUGUCUCCAUUUUUUGGAUUGGAUAGACAAGGGCUGUCUUCCAUGAGUCAGGGACUACGCAUUUUGAAUAAGAGUGCCGGAAUAAACGCGUUAGCACCGGCGUCAAGUCAGGGACACACGUUCUAAGCACGAUGGAGAAUUGCCAUCCGGCCCGCUCGACUUCCUGACGUCCAACGAAAACAGAGCUCGCCAAACAGUUUUAUGUUUGAACUGUACUUCAGGCAUGGAGCUCUGAUACCGCGGGAUGGUCGGCGGUGUUUUUCCGUUGUCGUCAAGAGUCAAGUUGGAGGCAAAAAGAGUGCACAGGAGAUCGGCUUUCUCUUUUGCCGUAUGGGCCAGGGUGUCAUUCCUCAUGUGCAACGGCGGUGUGGACGGCUGGUUGAAGUUACCAAGAGCAACUUUUGACAACGACCAGUACUUGCGUGUUCCGGUCGGGUAACUGGAAAGCUGCUCGCCGAUUUUGACGACGUGCUUCGAUAUCGUACGGGCGAUUUGCCGCUUAAAAAAUCUGGAGGCACGGUUAUAUUUCGUCUUCAGAACUUUGCAGUUCGGAUCCUUUGAGCCCAGCGCCGCAACCCAAGUUCGAUACGCCUGUUUUUUGCAGUCAGAUGCUGCUUUAACCGGCGACGCAUCGAACCAGGGCUGUGUUCUGCCACCGAUCAGUACUACAGAGCUUGGUAUAAAAAUAUCCAUGCCCUGCAGUAUCACAUCGGCUACUGCAACGGCGCAGGCACUAGGAUCAUCCUAAGUGAAACAAACCCUGCCCCAAGGGUAGGAUGCAAAAAAGGAACGCAUGCUAUCUCAAUCUGCUGACUUGUAGUGCCGAACGCGGCGGGUCGCUGGAGGUCUGCGAUGUUGGCACUACACUCCUGACCAGGCAAUGGUCGGACGUUCCGAGAGGGAGAGACCUGGUUAACUAUCGGGAUGUGUAGUCAGCAGAAUAUCUAAUAAGGACGGCAUGUGGCUAUCCAUAUCCGGGAGCCGCUUAUGGCCUCCGGUCCUCGACACUAACCUAUGCGAAACGUAGCGGCACUAUGCCGCUACUUCGUAAUUAACCCGGACGAGUCUGGCCCGAUUGUGCUGACGUCAUAAGACGGCAGCGUGACUCUCCCACUUCUAAAAAGCCCUUAGUCGCCUCUUACGACACCCAUGGGCCUGGGCCCCCCCUAUUCUUUUUACGCCCCGGGGAAAGUACAGGGAAACCUACUCAAUUAUACUUUUUAAUAUAAUAAAAUCGUAAGAGUACCUUUGUCUGUAUAUUAAAUACUAAAAUAAACAAUUAAUACUAGAUUAUUUAUUGUUUUCCUUUCGUUAUCGAGACGAAAAAACCUUUAUUGAAUUUUUAAAGUAUUAUAGAAUAAACUGAUCUAUACAAAGGGAUGGAUGCAUUUUUUUUUAUUAAUCCAAAUUUUAAAAGUUAUCAGCCGAGAUAGAAAAAGCGGUUCAUUUAAUGGGUAUAAAUCGUAAACGGUAAAAAACUUACAGGAAUUUAAAGAUGCAAAAUGUAUUGUCUACAAAAUGAUCUAAAUAACUUUUGCCGUAAAGUGCAGUUUUGAAAUAUCGGCCAAAAACUUUUUUAAGUGCUCCACCUGGAUCUGACUUUCAGUGCAUUUGUGUUUUUAUGCUCAGUAAGUGAACCUAAGCCUUAAAAAAUGGAUCAGAAAUUUACUGAGUUUAAAUUAGUUUUUUAAUAAUCUACCUACUUGAUUUAAAACGCUUUUGUUGAGAUUUUCUUGCUGACCGUACUAACUAGAACUGUCAUCCGAGCCAGGUGCCGAGUAGAACCGUUGAGUCACACCACGGUGAACAAGAUUCGAUUACUGUCCUCGAAAUGUACAUUUAUUCGACGCUAAGGUCCUUCACCUCUGGUGAAUACAAGAGUAUGGGCCGUGGUCAUUACUAACAUUAGGUGCCGCGUAUUUAUGCUCGUCUGUUUGUUAUUUCGACAAGGCCCUUAGAUUAUGUUAGAUUUCAAUUUGUAGAGAAGCCAUUGAUAUUUAAAUGAAAUAAACGAACUAUGUCAAUUUAAACAUUUAAUUCAUGAAUUAUGCUUUACAAAUAUGUUGCAUAUUAUAUAACCUUAUAAAACAUCACUACAUCAUACAUGUGCUAAACUUAAAAUUAACCUAGUUUUUUCCUCAACUUUUGUAAGCACUCCUUUAAGAUUAAUACAACAUUCUCUCCUGUACAUAAAAAGCUUGUUGGUAACAUGUUGUGCACGCAUAUUAUAAUGUAGCCAGUAAUAAAAAAAUGUACAUCCCCGUCAAAUG